GACAAGUGGAUUGCUAAUGCAAUGGCCUGGGUUAUAUAUGCGCUACUAAAUGAAAGCUAUGCAUUGUUCAGACUGUACAGUUUGCUGGAAAUGUCGUCAUUCCUAUGUGCUGCUAUGGUUCUGUAUUUUCCCUUGCCUGGAGGCUUGAAUUUGCGUAACUUGGAGCAGAUUCAUUCAAAUGGGUUCGACAAUGAAUUUCCCGAUCAGGAGGAUCCCCCACUUCCAUGAAUCUGAAUACCAGUCCCCUCAGUGGUUUGAAGAACUCAUUGAACCUGAUCUUAAGUGGUCUUUCGAAAUAAACAGCGUUUUCCACGCAGGAACUAGCGAGUACCAGAACAUUGUUCUCUUGGACACAAAUCGCUUUGGAAAGGUUUUGGUGAUUGAUGGGAAGAUGCAGAGUGCUGGAAAGGAUGAAUUCAUAUACCAUGAAUGCUUCGUUCAUCCUGUUCUUAUAUUCUGUGAAAGCCCAAAAAGUGUGUUUAUAAUGGGAGGUGGCGAAGGCUCUACUGCUAGAGAAGUACUCAAGCAUAAUGGCGUAGAGAAAGUAGUCAAGUGCGAUAUAGACAGGGUCGUAGUUGAUUUCUGCCGCAUGCAUCUGACAGCGAACCAGGAAGCAUUUAGCGACGGAAGGCUCCAUUGCAUUAUUAAUGAUGCAAAUAAUGAGAAGUUUGAUAUUAUUAUUGGAGACUUGGCUGACCCACUUGAUGGAGGCCCUUGCAAUCAUCUCUACACCAAAUCCUUCUAUGAGCAAGUGAUCAAGACCAAGCUCAAUGACUCUGGCAUCUUUGUCACUCAAGCAGGACCAGCAGGAGUUCUCUCCCACAAGGAGGUCUUCUCUCCAAUAUACAACACCAUAAAACAGAUGAGAUCGCAUAUACUGCUCAUGUGCCCUCCAAUGCAGAUUCAUGUGGAUGGGUUUUGGCAACUCUCCAUUAAUUAUAUCUCCGUUUUCUUCUACUGCGAAUUCUCUUUAGAUGACUUCUUUCUCCAUAAUUUUAAUUAUCAGGCAUCAGACCAGCAGCUUAAAUUGGAUGUUGAAAAAAUUGAAGAGAAAAUCAGAGAGAGGGUCAUGAGGGACUUACAGUAACUAGAUGGUGCUUCAUUUGUACGGUUCUGAAUAAGACCAUUAACAAAUCGUAAGUUUUAGUAUUGGAAUUGAAUUGGUAUCCCCGCCAUUCAAUUGAAAAUGAGUAAUCAAAGUUAAUUAAAAAUCUUGGUAUGUGUAAAUAUCUCUCUAACUA